AAAGCUUGUCAUAAAGCCGGAAGAGAGUCUGUUUAUCUGCCCUGACAUAAAUGUGACACCUAAAGAAGAGAAGACGUUGACACGCGGCGGCUGCAGAAGCAGCAGAGAGGAGCACCUGUGAUAUGGGGGUUCAUGUCUUUCUCUAUGUACCCAAUAUAAUUGGUUAUAUCCGGAUUCUUCUUGUUCUCACUGCCUGGAUUCUGUAUAGUGACCCAGGGAGUUUUGUGCCCUUGUAUGUGUUAUCAAUUAUAUUGGAUGGGGUGGAUGGCUGGGCGGCCCGUCGGCUGCAGCAGACCUCCAGGUUCGGAGCGUGGCUGGAUGUGGUCAUUGACAAUGUAGGACGUGGCAUGCUCUGGAACAUGCUUUAUGAUUGGGGCUGGCUGGUGUCUUCAGUGGAGUGGUGUGUAUUUGUGUGCAACCACAAUGCCAGAGGUGCCCAAUGGAAGAACUCGUUCACAGAGAGCCCGGUUUGGGUCCAGGCAGUGAUGGCAAAAGGCUUCAAGACACCUUUGGGCAUCCUGACAAUAGCAGGGCUUCAUGUUUUACCGGUGUGGCUGUAUGGCUACCAGUAUGAGGUGCUGUCGCAGACUCUCUUUGCCCCAGACUGGCUACAGAUUCUGGGGAUUCUGGUGCUGACGGCAGGACGCUUACUGGGCUUUGCAGUUGAAAUGUGGUGCAUCAUAACCCAUUUGAGGUUUUUACUGGAUGAAGAGGAAGAAAAGAAGAACUAGGGAUCUCUAAAGGCUUAUUUAGGAUGUAGUAAGGGUUUCAGACUGAAAUUCAUAUUUUAUGAGGCUUCUGGUUUAAUAAGCAGCUGAAAAAAAAAACUAUCUGUGUUACUGAGCUUAUUGAAUGUAAUUUAUGGAAAAGAAAAACCAGUUUACCAGGGAGUAAUGUGGCAGGGAUUUAUUUAUAUUUUCUUGAAAACCCUUAAAAAAGAUUCCUUUCCAUAGCACUGCAUUAAAGGACUCUGGCUAUAGAUAUGCUAAGAGUCUUUAAAUGCAGUUUUUAGGAAAGGAGGCUUUUUGCACUGUAACUGUUACAUUGUUUUUUAGAUUUUCUUGAUGCAAAAACUGCACUACAUGUAUUUAUUGUUUAGGAUUUUAUUGUUACUGCAGUUCAAACAGCAAUGUAUGGCACUAGUAACAGUUAAAUCAUGAGUCUGAUUCUCAGGAAAUGCAUGAACUGAUAAAAUGUGCCUAGAAAUAAGCAUCUGGUAAAUGCAAAACUGUAAAAAUAAUCAACAGCUGAGUGAAUAAAAGGUAUUAAUUUGAAAUAUA